GGACAAUUAGAAAAUCACACAAUAACCGUUACUUUACUACCUAAAUUUUUUUACGCAGCAUCACAACACCAUAUCCUCCAAUAUAGUAGUGAUACGCUUUUCAACCAUGUAAAAUAAACAACAAAAAACAAGAGCAACAUUUUCUCUUCCUGAAUGCUACUGCAUCUUUAUUGGAUGAAAUCAGUAUGCUAUCUUAAAAUGAAUCAAAUAAACAACUAAAAGGAAGAAGGUCGAUAAUGACAUAAAUGACAUAAAAAUUAUUAAGACUAGCAAUUUUUCAUACAUUCAUUUUAUAUUCAUUGUUGCAAUCUUACAACAUAGUGAAGGAACGCAUCAAAUAUUUAAAAUGAAUACUUCUCUGCUGCUGUGCUUAGCCAUUUUGGUUGGAAUAAACUGUGUCCAGCUUCCUGGAUGUCCGAGAAUAAUUUCAAGGAGUGAGUGGAACGCUCGUCCAGCUGUGAAAACCACCUGGAUGUCUAAUUCGGUUACUUACGCUAUAAUCCAUCAUGCUACUGGAAGUCGGUGUUUCAGCACUGCAACGUGCAAGACAAAAGUUAAAUCGUACCAAAACUACCACAUGGAUACAAAGGGAUGGUGGGACAUCGGUUAUAACUUUGUAGUUGGUGAAGAUGGAAAUAUUUAUGAAGGACGCGGCUGGAAUGUGAGAGGGGCACAUGCCGGUAGUUCAGCAAUAAACAGAAACAGCAUAGGGAUUUGUGUGAUAGGUGAUUUCAGUAACACAGUUCCAAACACAGCUGCUCAAAACGCCGUGAAAAGUUUACUGAACUGUGCUAAAAACAACGGCAAAUUGGCAUCAUCUUAUACACUGUGUGGUCACCGCGAUGUAAGAAGUACACAGUGCCCUGGUCAAAGCUUUUACAACCUUAUCAAAACAUGGAGCAAUUACAAUGAGAACUCAAAAUGUUGAUACCGUGUCUGUGUACGAUUCCAUAACUUUUCCUUGCUUUCUUUGCGUAUGAUAAAAAAGCGUUGUUGUGCUUUGAUCAGAAUAUCGUAGCUUGCAAAACUCAUUUAGAAAUGUAUUUCACAUAAUACUUGAUACAAAAUAAAACUGUAUAAAUGGAUAAUAUGGACAAUAGUUACUGUAUAU